AUUAAAUGAUGAGUGAGGACAUCGAUGUGUCUAAGCUGAAAGUACCAGAGUUGAGAGCCGAGCUAGGUAGGCGUGGUCUCAAUACUUUCGGGACAAAGCAAAUUUUAAUGGAUCGACUAAAUGAAGCUCUCAAAUCGGCAUCGCCUAAUCUUGACAAGAAACAACCGGCAGACUCUGAGGAACAACCCCACUUGGCGUCUACGAAUCUGUCGAGGCAACCGAGUCAAAACUCAGGACGUGAUGUACUGGAUUCAAGUCCUAACGUGUCCCCACAGCGUGGGUGUGAGAACGGGUUAGUAAAUGAAAAGGAUAGUAGUCCAGGUAAUCAACAAAAACCAGACCAAGAGAACCUCAAGCGUAGGCGCUCACCAUCACACUCUCCCCGCCGUAGAUCUAGGUCUCGAGAUAGGGACUCUCGCAGGUCACCCCGUAGACGUUCCAGGUCUCCACAGGUCAAAUCAAAAAUGGUUCCGGAACCAGAUAAUUGGGAAGAAAGUGUAUCUGUCUUCUUAGACACUUACAAUUGUGAUUUAAACCUCAUAAUCGAUGCUACCGGCUCUCAGGCAAAACCUCUGACAGAGGGUGGUUUCUCACUAAUGUGGGCUGGAGCAAGAGCAAAUUAUGGCUCAAUAUCUGGGAAGGUAAGUGUUAAUGUUUCGCUUAUGUCGUAGUCAUUUUUCGAAGUACGGGUAGUGAAAAAUCUCCCUGUUGAAAACUAUGACAGUUUGGUCGGCGGGUCAACUCACGUACUACGAGUUGGCUGGUCUACGGAAGACACCGAUUUCACUCUUGGCGAAGAGCCUCAGUCUUUUGGCUAUGGGGGUACGGGGAAAAAGUCUACAAACAACAAGUUUACUGACUAUGGUUGUACAUUCGGAGAAGGUGAUGUCGUUGGUGCUUUCAUCGUAAGUUGUUUAUUUAUCUCAUGCUUCAGGAAUGGACAAAUGUUGAAGCUCUGUUAAGGUUCAGUGUUAAUGGUGUGGACCAAGGGGAGUGCUUCCGUGUUCAAAAGUCACAGUUAGGAGAACGUUGUGCUUUGUUCCCGCACGUCUACGUGAAGAACGUUGAGUUUGCCUGCAACUUCGGGCAAGAAAACCAGUCUCCUUGGUUUAGUCCUAAUAUCUCAUCUGAUGAUCCUUUAUCUUGGCAACAAAUAAAUUGUCUACCCCUAUCAUGUCGCGUACAUGGUCGCUGCCCACCUCAAUCAAAGUCUGAGUGUGAAGUGAUUAUGAUGGUAGGACUACCGGGAGCUGGAAAAACGUAUUUCGCUGAGCAACAGAGAACAGAGCAUCGUGAAAAGCAAUAUAAUAUACUAGGAACCAACCUUAUUUUAGAUAAGAUGAAAGUAAUGGGCAUCGCACGACAACGUAAUUAUCACGGGAGAUGGGAUGUUUUGAUUGACAAAUCAACGAAGUGUUUAAACACACUUAUCAGUAUGGCGUGUAUGCGCCGUCGUAAUUACAUUUUGGAUCAGGUCAGUUAUUUCUCAUAGACACUAAUUUAAUGGUAUCAGAUUUUCUAAAGUUAUAGUAUUCCCAAGGGAUUUCAAUACAUUAAAUUAGUGGACGAGUCGUAGGGGUUAAUCGUAGACAUUUCUAGUUUUCUGUAAUGUAUUUUAAGUUAUCAAAUUUCCUACCAAUAUGUAUUACAAGUUUGUUUUUAUUGUUAAUUAUCAAUUUGUGCUUAUGAACUAUAUGUUUUAUUUAUUAAACUGUAUUCAGUGGUCUCCGUUCUAAGACACCCCAUAUGAGCACUGGUCGAACAGCUGUUCAAACUAAAUGUACCGAUGUUCUUGAUCAGUUUGCUCGAAUGAUGGUUUUCUUAGAUUGGUUCUGCUGCAAUAGACUAAUUUGGCGAAGUACAUGUUAAUGAACAUGUAUAAUUUUGUCCGAAUUUACAUGCAAGGUACCUUACUUGCUUUGCAUUUUUGGUAUGUACCUUGCAACUGGAUUUGGUCCAUCGUACAAAUGCGCACAAUUAUCUAUUCCUGGUGGUGGCACUGAUAUAACUUCGUUUUUUCUCUCAUUCGCUCGGUUCCAUCUCCUGAACCUAAUCACAGACAAAUGUGUACCCGUCAGCACAGCGCCGUAAAAUGCGUCCAUUUGAAGGUUUCAAGCGAAAGGCCAUUGUUAUCGUUCCUACUGACGAAGAAUUCAGGCGGCGAAUUGCCCAACGGGAAAAAGAGGAGGGCAAAGAAGUGCCUGAAACUGCAGUUCUCGAGAUGAAAGGUAGUUUUCUUUGUUGGAAAUGGUGGUAUAAAGUCCUGCAAGUUUUCCUUGGAUUUACUUUUAAUGAAUCUGCGUUCUAUUUUAUACUUGGGUCUACUAAUUGGUAAAUCCUAUUGUACUAUUUUGAUGAAUACUUAAGUGCUUACAAAUUUGUUUGCAUUCAUUUAGUAUUUGUUGGAACAAUAAUCCUUCUGUAAUUGGUAGUAUGUAAAUGUGUAUCUAUUUAGAAAGGAAUACAGUUCUUUCGAUAGUUAAUCUUCGAAGUUUCCAUCAUAGAAAUGCAAUUGUAUGGGCUGGUACAAUCCGGAAUGCCUGGUAGUUUACAGAUAAGUCUCAGCUAGUUAUUUGUUUUUGUGUGACCUGUAGUUACUCGCAUCAAGAGAUAGCAGCUGUCUGGUCUUAUGUUGUAGAUGACUGACUGAGCUGCCAUGAGUCCGUCAUUUGACCUUGUGUUUUCAAUUCAUAGUGUUCACUGGGAAAGGCGGUCGGAGUCAAACUUGCUGAUUUCUUGCUUUCUCUAGACUGCGAGUAAUUAUGGGUUUCUCAAUUAUUUUAGUGUUUAUUCAUGUUGAGUAUUUGUAUUUGUUUCCCACCCAGGUUCUGACCAAUCAAAACUAACUAUAGCUUAAUGUACCGUAGGGUCGGUAUUUUCUGUCCUUUUUAGCGAUAGUUGAAAUCACAGUAAAAUCUGAUUUGACUUUAUUCAUCCACCCUUUUAAGCAUGCCAAUUAAAUGUGGAAUUUUUUAUUUCUGCAGUAAACGACAGCUAAAUUUCCCUUUCAAACCAUAAAAAGUCAGUAGACUCAUCAUAAUGUGACAGUUACAAAAUGAUCCUACCAAACUGUACAUACUAUUACCAAAAAACAAGCAUUUGUUAAUCGUUCACAAUAUACUGCCCGGAAAAACAACGUGGUUCUCUACUACUCAAGCGUCUAGGUUAUAUUUCGUCGAUCGAAAGUAAACCUAGCGAGUGAUUACUGAUCAGUUGUUCGAAUAUAUUUAAAUAAAAGACACGGUUACUUUCAUUUACUUGUUUCAAUUUAUGUGCUGUUUUAGAUUUUUUCCUUGUAAACGAUUUCAUGUUCCAGCUAAGUCAGAAGGAAUAAUUUUUCUCUUUCAGCAAAUUUCGGGAUUCCUAGACCUGUAUCUGAAGAUCCCUCUAGCGUUUUUGAUGAGGUUAUCUUUACCGAACUUGGUCUGGAUGAUGUAAAAGUCCUAGUUGCUCAAUACAAUCAAGAAGGACAGGCAAACAGGCAACCACCGGAAAAGCGCCAACGUUGGGAUGGUGGGAACCGUGACCGGGAUGACUCACGUAAUUCACGUUUCCGCGGACGGGAUAGCCGAGAUCGUGGUCGUGACAUGCCACGUGGACGACGUGAUGAUUUUCGAAGCUCUCCAAACCGCCGGAAUGAUGAUCGUGGUCGCCGUGACUACAGAGGUGGUUACAAUGCCUCCCGUGAUCGUAGUCGUGAGGGAGAUCGCUUCGAUCGUAGUAAGUGACAGUUAUUGAUAACAGUUUAAGAUUCAUUACUUAUUCGGUCUCUUCAUAAUACUUUGUUUUCCCCUGCGUUUUUCAAGAUAGUGACCGAGAGUCGUUUGGUCGUCAGCCCAGUGGAAGGUAUGGUGGUGGUCCUCCUAGUGGUCGUUUCGGGGCUCCGAAUCGCGGACCGUUCCCAGGUGGGAUGUCUGGCCCGGGUGGUUUUGGAGGUUUCGACAGUUCUCGCGGUGGCAUAAUGAGGAGUAAUCCUGCAAGAAGCGGGUUCCCGGCACCGAAUUUUGAUUCGCGUGCUGGACGGGGUGCCUACCGUGGUUCUAUGGACCGGGUGAACCCAGGUUAUGGUGGACCAAAUGACCCAAUGUACAGUCGCUUUGAUGGCAAUGCAGGUGAUGGAGAGCCAAUUGGCAACGCCUAUGAUAUGAACGAAGCCUCACUUUCUCAGCCGCCGUAUGAAGGUGGCCCAAUGAGUGGAGGCUUUAGAGGAGGGUACGGAAGUGGUGGCCGCGGUGUUCAAAUGCAGGGAUCUCGUGGAGCCCCCGGUCGUGGUGGAACGUCAAUGGGACGUGGAGCAAUCGCUCCAGGACGUGCAGCUAAUACUGACAGGGGUGUUGAUCGUAGUCAACUGGGCCGCAACGCACCCGUUUCCGGUCGUGGUGGUACUCAGCCUGAUCGCGACAUGAUUGGUGGAUUUUCCGAUGAUAGCCAACAGUAUAAUAUGUACGGCGGUGCGGAAGGUUAUCAAAACCCGGCUGAGGAGCAAUAUCCAGGGCCACCAAAUGAUGAUUAUCGGAACAGACGUUUUGGCGGACCAGGUCCUUACAACGCAAACGCAUUGCAAAAGCCUUCUGGUGGUAGUUAUUCUGCCUACCAAAGAGGCAAUCCCCCGUUCUCCGGUGGUCCAGCAGGAUAUCCAAAUGCACCUGGUGGUGGUUACAAUCGAGGGAAUCUCCCUUCAUAUGGGAAUCCUAAUUCUGCUUCUAGUUAUCCCAACUCAUAUACUGGUGAUCAAGGUAAUUUCACAAAUCCUGGCUCAGAUCCUUACAGUGGAGGUAUGGCAUCAGACAGAUCUGGGAGACCUGGAAUGCAACAAAACUCAGGUGGUCCUUUUGGAGGACCCCAUGCUUAUGGUACCAGUGAUCCUGAUAAAACAACCAUGUCACAGAAUGAACAUUCAAGUACAGAUAGUUCUAGUUUGUAUGCAUCUGGUGCUGCUCGCUAUUCCGACAAUCAUCCCUCUGCUACCAGUAUCCCUCCCGUUCCUAGACAGUCGCGUUUUGAUGCCAAACCAGAAACUAAUACUCCUUCCCAAACAAAUGCCUAUAACAGCUAUCCUUUGGGAUCCAGUUAUCCAGGCGGAUUUACUUCAAAUGGUAAUCAAAAAGCAGCUAUCCAACCAUCUAAUCCUCCCGGAGGUCCUAGAACUGGACGCAGUCGGUUCGAUGUUGGACCCCCUGCUUCCCAACCGAUCCCUCCAGCUGCCCCCGUACAGAGCACUACUUAUAACCCACCAUCACAGCCAGUUAAUCGACCACAACCUCAAGUACAACAAACUGCAACAUCUAUCCAGCAAGCUCAACCACAAAGUUACGGGUAUGGUUAUUCUACUCAGAAUACAAAACCUGAUGGGAGUAGUAAUGCAAGCGCCCCUCCCGUUAGUCAAUCUUAUGGUGCUUACAACUAUGGGUACGGAUAUGGUACAUACGGGUCGCAAACUGCUCAACCAUCUGCAACGGUUAGUCGAUGUGCACCCACCACUGGUACCACCCAACAGUCACUAUAUGCCUCAGCUGUUGCUGACAAACCUCAACUAACUCAACAGACAACCGCGCCAGCAGUUUCUUCCGCCGCCACUACUACUGCCACAUCUGACCAUUCGACACCGGCUGCAGCGGCUUAUGCCUCCUACUACUAUGGUGCUCCUCAAAGCGCUACAGGAAGUACUCAAGGAGCUGGGAAGUAUGAUGCAGCGAUGGUUGCUGCACAACAAUUUAAUGCUUGGCAACAACAGCAACAGCCUUCGGCUGUGUCGGGUAGCGUAUCCAGUAGCGUCCCAAGUGCUCCAACCGCAACAGUAACGCCACAGACACCAGCCGCAAAUCCUUAUGCAAGCUAUUACCCUGGGUAUUCUACUUACCCAUCUGGAUAUGGUACUAUCCCAGUUGGCGGAGCUCCAGGUGGGGUCGCAACUGCUGCCGCUCCGCCAGCAAUGAGUCAAUAUUACACCGGUUAUCGCUAAAAUUGAUUUAUGAACUUAAUUCCUCGUAAUACAUUUAGUUGAACUCUAAUUUGUUUCACAUUUCCAUUGUGCUAUCUUUUUGUCUCACUCGUCCUGUCCAUUAUGCACAAGUGUUACAAAUCAAUCA